AUGCACCCGUUUUCCAUCCUCACCCUCGGCAUCUUUGUAGCUGGCUACAUCACCGCGCGUUGGGAUCUCGUCACCCGUCUCUAUGAGCUCGCCAUUUUUGCAGCGGAAUACGGAGUUGUGGUAUGCUACAAGUGCUCUGCUGAGGAGGAGCUGCCUACCAUUAUUCGCGCUGCCAAGGGCGUCGUUGCUUUGACUGCUUUAUUUCUCACCAUCUUCAUACCUGUUGUUUGGGUGGCCAGAAAGGAGACAUUCUUGCAUGAUGGCUUAAUGCGAGUAUUUUGGCCUACCGACAUACGCAAAUCCAAUCGUCCAGGAGUGGUGGUGGGAUGGCGGAAUUCCACCCUCGACGUGUUUGUCAUUGCCAUCUUGGAUGAUGUAGAUGCUAGCGAAGUCGAACAUCACCUCAAGGGAGGAUCGUUUUUCAGAAGUGCCCCUCAUUCUCCUGGUCGAAUAUAUGAGCUAUGCGGGCAUUCGUCUAUGCACGUCCUUGGCGUGUCGAAUUCGACCGCCACGGUCACCGUCGACCCUUCUUGGGUCUGCGCAAUCAAUCAUCCUUCUUCACGCACCCCGACUAUAACUUGCGCCAAGGCAUCCAGCAUACAGCUUAUUCUUUACGACAGGCCGCAGCCUAAACGCAUGCAGUACAUCUCCUUGGAGCCAAUUGCCUUGGCUCUUGGAGACAAGAGUUCCAUGGUGGAUGACGCCAAGGUUGACGCUACUGAAGACCUCGUCGAGCAACAAGAGCGGUCAGCAAAGGAAGCUAGGCAAAGGCUCGUUGAGAAAUUGAAGCAACACACUAUUUCCAAUCGAGUCCCUUCGGCCCGUGACAAAGCACUACGGAAAAUCAUCAACCAAGUAAAUUGGUCGUGGGAGCUGGAACAGACAUUGCAAAAGAACGCCUGGCGACUUGGGCCACGGCCGAAGCGAAGUCUGAGCGUAUCUGAGCAAGUAAUGGAAUCUGCGUCGACUAUGAGAAACUAUGUUCUCAGACAGCUUUGGACCUUUUUUGCCGUCUACUUGUUCCCAACAAUACGCAAAACUUUCAUCCUGUUUCUUCUUGGCCAUCGCAUGGUGGCUGAGAUGCUACUUCUCAUUCUAGAGUUUCGGAUCAAACCAGGAUACGCCGCCUUGAAGGAUAUAUCGGCCACCGCACAGCAGAUAGAAAUUCGACUCCAACAAUUUUGUUAUUGGCCCAUGCAGUACUCGAAGCUGCGGCAGAGAAAGGCGAAUUGGGCGAGUAUCACUACCAGCCAUCCCGAUUAUAUCCGAUUUUACAACAGCCUUUGGCUCGUUGCCAACGACGUAAUCAUUGGCAUAGCUCUUGGCUCCUACGUGAUUGAGCAUGCCGACUGGGUUGCCGCGCAAAUUGGAGACCUGUUGAGGACGUACACCGUGGAGGCUCUUCAAAGCAGCAUCUCGUGGUUGAUGGACUACCCAGCUGGUUUGAAACUCAAUGGCGAGCUGGCAGUGUUUUUGGGUGACUUGUUUCUGUGGGUUAUUGACUACUGGUCAAGCUGCAUAGAAACCCUAAACCCAGCACUACCAAAUAUCGUAUGGUUCAUCGGAUUCACGUCCUUUGCAGGCGCCAGCAUGCCAACUGCGCUGUUUUCGGAUCUGCUGUCCCUCCUGACAGUUCACAUCUAUUCAUUCUACCUCGCAUCAGCCCGCAUCUACCACUGGCAGCUGACGAUUCUCCAAUCACUCUUCCACCUAUUUCGAGGCAAGAAGCAAAAUGUGCUUCGUAACCGUAUUGACUCAUGCGACUAUGACCUUGACCAGCUGCUUGUUGGCACGAUUUUAUUCACGCUUCUCUUCUUUCUUUUGCCCACCGUGGUUGUAUUCUACCUAAACUUUGCUAUUGCACGAAUGGUCAUAAUAUCUAUGAAGGCGGGAUUUGAUACUCUGCUUUCGUGUCUGAACCACUUUCCGUUAUUCGCUUUGAUGCUGCGUAUAAAGGACGUAAAAAGGCUACCCGGCGGCAUUCGUUUCGAGCUUCGAGAUACCCAAGAUUAUAGAGUCACAGACACUAAUACUAUUAAUGAAACCCCCACGUCGAUCAUUUACCUCAAGGUGAGCCGGCGCCAGAUGGCCAAAUAUCAACCCGCACGUAUAUCUUGCCAACAAUUGAAAUCACAGUCAAUACCUCUGAGUUUCAGUGCCAUGUUCCACCAAUACGCCCAGAUGGCCCAUCGCAUUCGGAAACACUAUCUCUCGCCGCGCGUCCUACUGUGCCUCCUCACUGGGCAGUUUGUCCCACCUAUCAAUCGCAAAAAUCUGUAUAGUUUGCAGUACAGCAUGCUACCAGCAAGACGAGCAACGAUUUGGGACAUGUGGCGUGCUGUGAACACCGAAAUCCCGCAGAAAAAAACCUUCCAACUACCUAUAAUACCGCCACUGCCGAAUGGUGCCAAAAGGAUGGCGGGGAACGGGCGUGCCAGGGCGCACUACUAG